AAAAAUAAAAAUAGAAAAGCAAAAAACAAAAAAUCGACCUUUUUCUUUUCUUCUGAGGACGGCAAUUGGAUUUUCUUUAAAAUCUCAUUUUGGUUUUCUGCGAUCCAUCGUUACACCCACUAUCCCACCCACACCCACACACACACAGUUAUCUUCCAAAUUAGGUAAGCAAACCCCCAUUUAAUAUCUUUUAGAUCUUCCUUUGCCCCUCAAUCAUCAUUUUAUACACUAGUAGAAGAUAACUAAAGUAAUUCACAAAUAUAUAUAUAUACAUACAAAACCCCCACUUUUAGAUUUACUAGCUCCUCAAACAAACACAUUGUCUGCAUUUCCAAUUCCAGUUCCUAAAAGGGAGGGUUAUAUCUGUAUUUGUAUCUGUGUGUGUAUGUAUACUGUUUUCAUACACUUUUUUUUAUAAUAUAUAUUUUGAAUUGUUCACAAUAUCAUCAUCAUCUGAAUCUUAAUCCGGUAUGAGUUUAGAUGAUGAUGAUGAUGCCCAGAUUGUUAACCACCGACCGGAUUAUUUGUCUUCGAAAAGUUGGAGAGCGAAUUCGUCUGUCGAUUUGGGAUCGAAAUUUGGUGAUUCUAACAUGUCUAUGUCACAUAGAGAUCCUAUUAUUAUGAAUGAUGAUGAUGCUAGGUUGGUUUAUGUAAAUGAUGCUUUUAAAACAAAUCAAAGAUUCGAGUUUGCAGGAAAUUCUAUUAGGACUGCCAAGUAUUCGGUUUUUAGUUUCUUGCCUAGGAACUUAUUUGAGCAGUUUCAUAGGGUUGCAUAUAUAUAUUUCCUUAUUAUUGCUAUAUUAAAUCAGCUUCCCCAGCUUGCCGUUUUUGGCCGAGGUGCUUCUAUAUUGCCAUUAUCUAUUGUAUUGUUGGUUACUGCCGUUAAAGAUGCGUAUGAGGAUUGGAGGCGACAUAGGUCAGAUCGUAUUGAGAAUAAUCGUUUGUCAUAUGUUUUAGUUAAUGAUAGAUUUGAACAAAAAAAAUGGAAAGAUAUUCAAGUAGGCGAGAUUAUUAAAUUCUCUGCAGAUGAUACCAUACCUUGUGAUAUUGUGCUGCUUUCGACUAGUGACCCCACUGGGGUUGCGUACAUUCAGACUAUUAAUUUGGAUGGUGAAUCGAAUUUAAAAACCCGUUAUGCAAAACAAGAAACGCUUUCUAGGGUCCCUGAGAAAGAUAGAAUUGAUGGGUUGAUCAAGUGUGAGAAGCCUAAUAGGAAUAUUUACGGUUUCAUGGCCGCCAUGGAGGUCGACGGAAAGCAUCUGUCGCUUGGCCCGUCUAAUAUUGUGCUUCGAGGGUGUGUGCUCAAGAACACGAAUUGGGCGGUGGGUGUAGCUGUUUAUGCUGGAAGGGAGACCAAAGCUAUGCUCAAUAGUUCAGGAGCUCCAUCCAAAAGGAGUCGUUUGGAGACCCGUAUGAACAAUGAGAUCAUCUUGCUCUCUGUUUUUCUUAUUGCUCUGUGCACGGUUGUCUCUGUAUGUGCUGGUGUUUGGUUAAAACGCCAUGAAAGUGACCUUGAAGUCUUGCAGUUUUAUAGGAAAAAGGAUUACUCUGAACCAGAAGUUAAAAACUACAACUAUUCUGGUGUGGCAAUGGAGAUAUUCUUCACUUUUCUUAUGUCGGUGAUUGUCUUCCAGAUUAUGAUACCCAUUUCUUUGUACAUAUCCAUGGAGCUAGUGCGUGUUGGUCAGGCUUAUUUCAUGAUUAGAGAUGAUAAGAUGUAUGAUGAAACAUCCAACUCUAGAUUCCAGUGCCGGGCAUUGAAUAUAAAUGAGGAUUUAGGACAGAUAAAGUAUGUUUUCUCUGACAAAACUGGUACGCUGACCGAAAACAAAAUGGAAUUCAAAUAUGCAAGUAUUUUUGGGGUGGAUUACAGUGGGGAGAAAGCAGACUUUAAUGGCGAACAAAAGGGAUACUGCAUUCAAGUGAAUGGGCAAGUUUGGAAGCCCAAAAUGAAGGUAAUGGUUGAUAAAGAGCUACUUAAGCAAUCACAAACUGGAAAUGAGACAAAGGCUGGAAAACAGAUUUAUGAUUUCUUCCUUGCACUGGCUGCUUGUAAUACAAUUGUGCCCAUUGUUGUUGACACAUCUGAUCCUGCUGAGAAGUUGGUAGAUUAUCAAGGGGAAUCCCCAGAUGAACAGGCCCUUGUAUAUGCUGCGGCUGCUUAUGGUUUUAUGCUUAUGGAACGAACCUCUGGCCACAUAGUUAUUGAUAUUCAAGGAGAAAGACAGAGGUUCAAUGUUCUUGGAAUGCAUGAGUUUGAUAGUGAUAGGAAGAGGAUGUCAGUUAUAUUAGGAUAUCCUGAUGGCUCUGUAAAAGUUAUUGUUAAGGGUGCAGACACUUCCAUGUUUAACAUCAUUGAUAAAUCCACUAACUUGGAUAUAAUAACAGCUACCGAAGCUCAUCUUCAUUCAUAUUCUUCCAUUGGUUUAAGAACCCUUGUUGUUGGAAUGCGGGAAUUGGGUGUUCCUGAAUUUAACCAAUGGCAAUCUUCUUAUGAGACAGCUAGCACUGCUGUCAUGGGUCGGGUUGCCUUGCUUCGUAAGGUUGCCAUUAAUUUAGAAAACAAUCUUGAAAUAGUGGGUGCAUCAGCAAUUGAAGAUAGAUUGCAAAAAGGUGUGCCAGAAGCAAUCGAGUCGUUGAGAAAGGCGGAUAUAAAAGUCUGGGUAUUGACUGGUGACAAGCAAGAAACUGCGAUUUCUAUUGGCUCCUCUUCUAAGCUAUUAACGAGUAAUAUGAGGCGGGUAGUAAUUAACAGUAACUCUAAGAUGUCAUCUAGGAAGAGUUUGGAAGAUGCCUUGAUUACCUCUGGUGGUCCAGGAGGUGAUGCAAGUUCUGUUGCCUUAAUUAUUGAUGGAACGAGCCUUGUCUAUAUCCUUGACUCUGAACUUGAAGAGCAGCUGUUCCAGUUAGCUAGUAAAUGUGCUGUGGUACUUUGUUGCCGAGUUGCUCCAUUGCAAAAGGCUGGGAUUGUGGCACUGAUGAAAAAUAGGACAGAUGACAUGACCCUUGCCAUUGGGGAUGGUGCCAAUGAUGUUUCAAUGAUCCAAAUGGCUGAUGUUGGAAUUGGAAUCAGUGGCCAAGAGGGUCGUCAAGCUGUGAUGGCAUCAGAUUUUGCGAUGGGCCAGUUCCGUUUUUUGGUUCCUCUUUUGUUGGUCCAUGGACAUUGGAAUUACCAGCGGAUGGGUUACAUGAUACUUUAUAAUUUUUAUCGGAAUGCAAUAUUUGUCCUUGUGUUAUUCUGGUACGUGCUCUUUACUGGCUUCACUUUGACCACGGCGAUUACUGAAUGGAGCAGUGUGUUAUAUUCUGUACUUUAUACCUCAGUACCUACAGUUAUCGUUGCGGUUCUCGACAAGGAUCUAAGUAGAAGGUCUCUAAUGGCAUAUCCUCAGCUAUAUGGGGCGGGACAAAGACAAGAAAGCUAUAAUGCAAAAUUAUUUUGGCUUACUAUAGCAGAUACAUUGUGGCAGAGUAUAGUGGUCUUCUAUGUACCCUUAUUUGCAUACUGGAGAAGCGACAUUGAUGGUCCGAGCUUAGGAGACCUUUGGACUCUGGCAGUAGUGUUUCUGGUAAAUAUUCACUUAGCCAUGGAUGUUAUUAGGUGGACUUGGGUCAGCCAUGCAUCAAUCUGGGGAUCUAUUAUUGCAACAUGCAUUUGUGUUAUCAUCAUCGACGUGAUUCCAGUGUUACCUGGUUACUGGGCAAUCUUCGAUCUUGCAAGCAAAGAAUCAUUUUGGAUUUGCUUGUUUGGCAUUCAGAUUGCAGCAGUUGUCCCUCGAUUUGUUAUAAAAAUGUUCAUACAACACUGUAAACCUUCUGACAUUCAAAUAGUAAGGGAAGCUGAGAAGUAUGGAUAUUCAAUGGAGCCUGGAGAUCAGGAAAUAGAAAUGAACCAAACUGGGAGAUGACCCGUUUUAUGAGGUUCAUUGCAAUUUCUCCGUUUUGCAUUUUUUGUUUUCAUAUUCUUUAGGUUGGUGUAGAGAAAAAGUAGUUCUCUUGCCUGCCUGUGUUGUUAGUUGUGUAGUACUUUUUCUGGGUUAUUAGUUAGGUUUGUAUUAUUGUAGAUUACCAUUAUUUACAACUUGAUAUGGGAUGCAUGUUGCAUCAAAAUGUUUCUUUCGAAAUUAGUCGGAAUACGAAUACGUUACACUGUAUGUUUCUACACCAAUGAAAAACUUGUACGGGGCUAA